UAUUUGGCCUACCCAAGUAGUAUAGAGGAUAAGGAGAGAGAAAGGAAGGGAUAUGGCAAGAGCUGGAAGCUGGAUAUCAUCAAGAAGCUCCAUAUCCCAACCACAACCUAUUAAACCCUUCUUCUAUUUUUCCCUAAACAACACCAAAGCUUCAUUAAAAGGAAAUGACUUCUCAUUGAUAACAAAAAGAAGUCAAAGGGCUUCAAAGCGUUUGGUGACAAUUUCUACCUCUGAUGGAAAAUGGCAUGGGGAAUGGAAGUGUGACUACAUUUUCUCUCUUCGAGAUCUUCAACUUGAAGAUUUAGCUGAAGAUGGCCAUAAAGAUACUCAAGUUUCCAUUAAUCUUUGUAUUCACAAGCACACAGGUUUUGGGCUCUCAGUGGAUGGAAGAGUUAUCACAUCUUUCACUAGAAAAUGCAGCAACUGCUCUUCCCCAUACUGCAGAGAGAUUGAUGCAAGCUUUAAGGUUUGGGUUUUACCAUCAAGCAGAGAAAAAGGAUCAGCUACGGAUGAGCUUCCAGUGCUUGGUUGGGAUGAUCCAUCUGUUAUCUAUGUGAAACCAGGAUUUGAAGCUGACCUUGAUUCUCUAAUACAAGAUACCAUAAGCCUUGCUGCCGCUGUUAAAGAGACUUGUUCAGAAUCAUGUGAAAAAUCUGAACCUAAAUUACACCCUUUGGGCAAACAGAAUGCUGCUUCAAUUGAUAGGAGAUGGUCCAGAUUAUUGGAGCUCAAGAAGGUAACGUUAAUGAAAUCUCAAUAAAGCCUACGGGGUGAGAUUGAUUAUUGCACCAACGCUAAAAGAAGUUGGCUUUUAUUGACUCAAUCCCCAAAGGAUGGAAAUAGAUAUUUGCGUUUGGAUCCAUCCCUCAUCACUCAAAUAUUGUAGACAGUACUGUUGAUCUUAAAGGACAAGGCAAAUACUGUAUAUUAGGAAUAAAAAGAAGGCAUUCCUUUCUCUUUUUGUUCAAAGUCUAUAUAUAUUUUGUUGAUACA